AAGGUACUGCUUAAAAUGUCUGCAGGUGUCAGAUUCUCAUUAGUCUUUAACACAGCAAAGAGCAUCAGUGGCUGCAUCCUGAAUAGAUUCUUCAUACUGGGUCCAACAGAAAAAACUGCUGCCAUGGACUGGAUGAUACACAUGCAUCGACGAGGAUAUAUUAUCAGAAUAUUUCUGAUAAUGCUACUUUUUAGUCAUAGAGUUGCAGGAAACACAACUGAAUCAACAAGAAAUACAAAUACAGAGACCACACAGACAUCAAUAACCACAGAUUCUAUAUCAGAAACAACAGUUCCUUUAAGUACAACUUCAGAAACAACAGCACCCCCAACAACUGAAACUUUAGCAACUACAAAUAGCACCGUUCCCUCAACAACUGAGACCACACAGGUCUUAAACACAGAAUCUACAUCAGAAACACCAACAGUUGCUUCCAGUACAAUUUCAGAAACAACAUUAGCCUCAACAACAGAAACUACCACAGUACCAACAACUACAGAAGCGUCAGUUCCCUUAACAAGCAAAGAGUCUACAACAUCUGAAACAACAGUUGCUUCCAGUACUCCUUCAGAAACAACAGUACCCUCAACAACUGAAACUACCCAAGCACCAACCACUACCGAGACCACAGUUCCCUCAACAACCACAGAAUCUACUACUUCAGAAACAGCAACAGUUCCUUCCAGUACAACUUCAGAAACAACAGUACCCUCAACACAUGAAACUACCUCUGCAACUACGAGACCACAGUUCCCUCAACAACACUGA